GUGAUGUCGGUCAAAGGUUGAUGACUCAUACUGAAUUCAUUUACUUCACUAACUCCAAUUUCUCCCAUAUUCACCGGCGUUCCGUUCGAUCUUCAUCACAUCCACAAUGCUAACUCGUGAAAGAUUCCUCCUUUCGCUCUCCCUCGCCACUCUUCUCCUCUUCUCCUCCCUCUCCCUCUCUGUCUCCGACAAGCCCUCUCCAAACGACAACAAAAACAAGGAAAACGACAACGAUGACGAUGAAGAUCUCAGUUUCCUCGAGGAACCUGACGACGUCGCCGCCACUUCGCACCGCGCCCACUUCCCAGAUCCCGACCACUUCAACGAAGAUGAAGACGACGACGACGACUUUGGCGACUUCUCUGGCUUCGACUCCUCCACCGAGGAGGCGUUCAAGGAGCCCGCGGUGGACGACAAGGAUGUCGUCGUUUUGAAGGAGCGCAACUUCACCACCGUCAUCGAGAACAACCGCUUCGUCAUGGUCGAGUUCUACGCCCCCUGGUGUGGCCACUGCCAGGCCCUUGCGCCUGAGUACGCCGCUGCCGCUACCGAGCUCAAACCCGACGGCGUUGUUUUGGCCAAGGUCGACGCCACCAUCGAGAACGAAUUGGCGCACGAGUACGAUGUCCAGGGCUUUCCCACCGUGUUCUUCUUCGUCGAUGGCGUUCACAAGCCUUAUACUGGCCAAAGAACCAAAGAUGGUAUAGUGACAUGGAUCAAGAAGAAGAUAGGACCUGGUGUGUCCAACAUAACCACCUUGGAUGAAGCUGAACGCAUAUUGACCGCCGAAAGUAAAGUUGUUUUGGGCUUCCUGAACUCUUUAGUUGGUGCUGAGAGUGAUGAGCUAGCCGCAGCAUCAAAGCUCGAGGAUGGUGUCAAUUUUUAUCAAACUGUGGUACCUGAGGUGGCAAAGCUUUUCCAUAUUGAUGCUAGUGUUAAACGCCCUGCUUUGAUCUUGCUCAAAAAAGAGGAGGAGAAACUCAACCAUUUUGAUGGAAAAUUUGUGAAAUCUGAAAUAGCUGAAUUUGUAUCCUCCAACAAGCUUCCUUUGGUUACAACUUUUACAAGAGAAAGUGCCCCAACAAUAUUUGAAAGUGAAAUUAAGAAACAGUUGUUGCUGUUUGCGACUUCAAAUGAUACAGAGAAGUUUCUUCCAGUAUUUAAAGAAUCUGCAAAACUUUUUAAGGGCAAGCUGAUAUUUGUUCUUGUGGAAAUGGAUAAUGAAGAUGUUGGAAAGCCGGUUGCAGAUUAUUUUGGUAUCACUGGGAAUGACCCCAAAGUACUUGCAUACACAGGCAAUGAUGAUGGAAGAAAAUUUUUGCUUGAUGGAGAUGUGUCUCUUGACAAAAUAACGGCGUUUGGAAAUGAUUUUCUUGAAGACAAGCUAAAAUCUUUCCUCAAAUCAGACCCAGUUCCUGAAAGCAAUGAUGGUGAUGUGAAAAUAGUUGUUGGAAAUAACUUUGAUGAAAUCGUCUUGGACGAGUCAAAGGAUGUUCUGCUUGAGAUUUAUGCUCCCUGGUGUGGCCACUGCCAAGCUCUGGAACCUACAUACAACAAGCUUGCUAAGCAUCUUCGCAGCAUUGAGUCUAUUGUUAUAGCCAAGAUGGACGGAACAACAAAUGAGCAUCCCAGGGCCAAGGCUGAUGGAUUUCCCACUCUUCUCUUCUACCCAGCAGCAAACAAGAGUUCUGAUCCUAUUCCAGUUGAUGUGGAUCGUACAGUGGUAGCCUUUUACAAGUUCCUCAGGAAACAUGCAUCAAUCCCAUUCCAGCUCCAGAAACCAGCCACAACUUCUGAACCCAGUAGCGAUAGUUCUGAUGUGAAGGAGAGCCAGAGCAGCAGCACUGAUGUGAAGGAUGAAUUGUAAGAGUUGAAAGGCACUUCUAUUUAUGAGAGGCACGGUUGAGACAGAUGAUAACGGAGUGAAAAGGUGCUUAGCAAAGGAAUGAUUGGAUGCGAAAAACCGUCCAGUUUCCCUCACUCUGACCAAGACAAAUAGCCAAGGAAAGGGUAGUGGUGAAACGAGGUAACAUAUGUAUUAGAUUCUUCAACUUUAAUGUCUGAGUAUUAGAAUUUUGGGCGAGACUUUAAUCUAAAAGAAUUCUUCGGAAAUUUUAUUUUA